GCCAUAUUGGACUUUUGGUCGUUACAAAAAGGAAAACCUAGUAAGGGCACCGCGUGAUAAAUCGCUUCCUGAGUGCCCAACAUUCCGCCGUGAGUCAUGAACAGCUUGGCGUUUGGAUGCCCUAUCAAAUAAGCAAUUCGUUAUGUACAGUCCUAAAGUUCAUUGGGCCAGCGCUGAUAACAUCGUCGCAUGAUGCAAAUAUCACCUGUAUUGGUACUGGACAUGGAUAAUGCCUUACUAGGCAUAACGUAUAUCUUCAUAUAUCGUAAUUGACCUUUACCCAGGCAAGGUUAAGGUUGAACUGACCUCGCGCUUGCGAUAUAAAGCAGCCUAUGUUCCAGCAAGAUUCAUUCCAGUUCCAUUCGACAAUUCUCUGGCUAAUCGUCGAAAUCUUCUAUAGCACUUCAAAAAAUGGAUUCUUCUUUGGUUCUCCAGGCUCUACUGCUGUUGUGUUUCAUUCAUAUGGCUAGUUUAGGUCCCGUUGUCGAGCCUAGGCGACCACAAUAUUUCGCACCGUUACAGCCUCUCGCUUCAUCAAAUCACCUUGCUGAAGCGGAUCAUUUUAUGCGAACCCACGGUGUCACUGGCGAGGAAAUCCAGGAGUAUAACCGAAUGAGUGGUUACAAUCCUCCAGCUGGUACUGAUAUGGCAGAAGAACGUUCCUUUGACUUGCUUAAUGCUAUCAAAUUUUGGAACUGGAGCAUGUUUGACAACUUUCGUCAGUGGGUUACUGGUCGCCGCGAAAUAGUGACAACUAAUCGCCCACCUGUGUUAAUUAGCCCAUACGAUCGCCAAGCUUCCACGACCUCCAACAUUCUUCCUUUGCGAUUAUGAACUUCAGUUGCCCUUAAAUAAAUCUCUGACGUUGAA